GCGACGAUGAAAGGUCGGCGGGCAUGUACAAGAAGGCGAUGGCCAUGCUGGGAGAGGUCUACCCCGGAGCGAUGCUACGGGCUGUGGACUUCAAGGACAUCCCAUCCAGGCCCAGAGCAAGGGCAUGGAUACCGGCCAAACCGACCGAACCAGAGAGAGUGCUUGAGAUUAUAAGGCUCUUUAAUCCCGAGUUACCCUCUCACAAUUGGAAGGUGGUGCGGCUAGAGCACAGCACAAAGGCGACUCGUCAGGCGGUCCUUUUGCUAAAUAAGGAGUCGUUGCCACUCCUCGAAAAGACUGGGGGCGUCAUCAAUUACGGUUUCGACACCGCAAAGAUAAGGGUGUACACGAACGACGUGAACGCAGCAAGAGGCAACGAAGUUGAGCCGGAAGCAGACAACAGCGAGGAUGAGGUGGACGAGGAAUCCAACCAGGCCAAUCCGAUGGAUGACCUGGCUGGUGGAUACGCCUCAUCUACAUCCUCUCUGGGAGUCGACCAUAUCUUCCGGCAAUACACAGAAGAGGAGCUGAUGUCAGAUGACGACGAGGCGAACUCAACAGUGGUGGAGGGGGUGGGAAGGUGCGGCCAAGAUGGUUCGCGUCCUCCAGAUUAAUCUCCACCACAGCAAAGCAGCGUCGGCUGCACUGCUGCUCCAGCUCUCCAAGGGGGCAGCAGACAUCGCCCUCAUCCAGGAGCCUUGGGUGAUAGGGCAUGGAAUAUGCGGGCUGAAGUCGGCAGAGCACACUUUGAUAAGUGGAGCUACCAUAGUUCAGUGACGAGGACACCACCACCAUCAGUCUGGAGGCGAACGGACGACAAAUAAGGCUUGCCUCGAUGUAUCUGGCACAUGACAGGCCUGUUCCAACCCUACCGGUCGAACAUUUAGUGGAGCGCUGGGACGGGGCCCUGAUUCUAGGAGGUGAUGCAAAUGCACACCAUAGCACAUGGGGAAGUGGAGACAUCAAUGAACGGGGUGAGUCACUCUUUGAAUUCAUACUAAAAUCUAACUUAGUUAUAAGUAAUAGGGGUAGCGAGCCUACCUUCAUAACGAAGAGCAGAAGAGAGGUCCUGGAUGUUACCCUCGUCUCAGAAGAUGCGGAGGUCAUGAUCAGGAACUGGAGGGUGCUUGAUGAGCAUUCCUUCUCUGAUCAUCGCUUCAUCCAAUUCGACUUAGACGGGGUCCCGUCCAAGGUACCUGCCAAAAGAAAUCUAAGGAAAGCCGACUGGCAUAAGUACAGAAGAGAGCUUGACAAACGGCUCUCAAGAACCACACUAGCAAUUCCAGGAAACUCUAGGGACCUAGAUAGGCUGGCAAAUCGCUUUACUGCGGCAUGUGGCAAGGCUCUGGAUCAGGCCUGCCCCAUGGUAAAGCCGAGAGGCAAAAAGAAACCACCUUGGUGGAGUACAGAGAUUGACGAGGCCCGCAAAAAUUGUCGUAGAGCCUUCAAUCUCGCAAAAUCCUCGGGAGGCGAUACGCAAUGGGAAAUCUAUAAGUUAAACUUGAAAGAUUACAAGAAACUACUAAGGAAGAGCAAGAGAUCCUCAUGGAGGAACUUUUGCAGUGGUAUGGAAUCCGUAUCAGAAGGGGGGGAGGCUCCAAGGUCAUAGCGUAUGCUGACGACCUUGCGGUGGUUGUGAGUGGAAAAUUUCCACAAACUCUUUGUGACAUUAUGCAGGACAGACUAAGGUUAAUCGAGAGAUGGACCAAGGAAAAAGGUCUGGGUGUUAACCCAGAAAAAACGGACCUGGUGCUCUUUACCAGGAAGUACAAAAUCCCCUCACUUCAGCUCCCUGCCAUAGGCAAUAAGAUUCUGAAGCUAGGGGAGUCUGCAAAAUAUCUAGGCGUAGUCCUGGACAAAAAGCUUAACUGGGCGCAAAAUAUACAAGAGCGUGUUAAAAAAGCGACGGUAGCCCUCUACAGUUGCAAGGGGGCGAUUGGGCGUAGCUGGGGGCUGUCCCCUAGCAUCAUGUAUUGGUUAUACACGGUAGUUGUUAGGCCGAUUCUAUUAUAUGGGGUCUUGGUAUGGUGGCCAAGUCUCAACAGGAAAUCUACAACUGAAGCACUCCAAAAGGUGCAAAGAACUGCGAUGCUCUGCAUCUGUGGGGCCCUGCGCACAACUCCAUCGGAGGCUAUGUGCGUGCUCCUCGAUAUUUUACCAAUUGAAAUUGUUGGAAAGCAAUCAGCGGGGUGUGCCGCCUUGAGGUUGAGGGAACUACCAGGCUGGAGGGACACUCAGGAAGGCCACACCGCAAUCUUAAAGGACAUAAAUAUACCGGACACGGAUUACUGUGCACCAAGGUUGAACUUCACAAAGAGGUAUAGGAUUUCCAUUCCAGAUAGAAAAUUCUGGUCAGGAGGGGCUCCCGAUGACAAUGGAUCACUCCACCUCUACACCGAUGGCUCUAAGCUAGACGGCAAGGUAGGAGGGGGGGUCUUCUCGGCCCGACUGGGGCUGGAAAUAUGUUUUCGCUUACCCAACCACUGCAGCGUCUUUCAAGCUGAGGUCGCUGCCAUACAGGAAGCGGUUGAACACCUACGUACAAGAGAAGUCAUUUAUAACGAUAUCUUCAUCUACUCAGACAGUCAGGCCGCACUCAAAGCGCUCGACUCGGUCACAUGCAGUUCAAAAACCGUAGCGGACUGUCGCAGAUCUCUAAACGAGAUGGCUGAGCAGUCUGCUCUUCACUUGGUAUGGGUUCCGGGGCACCGGAACAUACCAGGCAACGAAAAGGCGGACGAACUUGCAAGAGAGGGCACAUCCGCUCCACUUUCGCAGGCCUGGAAGGGAUUAGGCAUGCCGCUCGCUACCUGCAAGCUCAUUCUAAGGGAUCUGUCUCUUAAACUAGCAAGGGACAGGUGGGAUAGCCUCACCACUUGCAACAACACGAAGCUUACAUGGCCUAAAUGGGACAAAAAGCGGUCGAAGGAUCUCCUCAUGCUGAGCAAAGGAGACCUAGCCGCAGCUGUGGGUCUGCUAACAGGCCAUGUUGCUAUCGGGGGGCACGCGGAGAGGUUAGGGAUCCCCCAUAACGACUUCUGCAGAAGCUGCAGAAAUGAGGAAGAGCCAGAAACCUUGCGGCACCUGUUAUGCGAGUGCCCCGCACUUUGUAGAAGAAGACAAAAGUUCAUGGGUUCAGGAUUCUUUGAGGACCUAACCGACAUAGCCGAAGUAGGCAUACGGCAACUUCUGGGUUUCGCAAAAUCCACACGAUGGUUUGAGUAGGAGGGUUCUAACGAUCCGCGUGGUAUCACAACGGGCCCACAACCUAGGGCCUAUGUGUGCUAGUGGGGUCACUGGCAGCCACUUUAACCUAACCUAACCUA